CUUCCUGGUCUAAAGCCUGCCUGGCUCUCUCGUGUUUGUGCUUCCCGAGCACCACUCAGUCUACGCAUGAUUAUUGAGCCUAAGACUUUAGAUACUAUAUUAGUCAAGCUAAUCCCUCUGUGAUUAUCACAGGAAGACUUGUCUCCCUUCUUGUAUAUGGGGAUAAUCAGUGACUUACACCAACCCGAUGGGACUUCUUCUGAUUCCCAGACGCUGCCUAGUACCUCAGUUAAUCCGGACAGUAAGCUGUCUCCACCGUACUUAAAUACCUCUGGAGUCAUUCCAUCAGGUCCCGCUGCUUUGCCUAGUUUCAGAUUGGUGACAGCUUUAGUAACCUCAGUUAGUGACGGAGGACCUGUGUUUAUAUCCCAUUCAGGGAGGUGUUGGAUGCUCGGAAGGUUGAGCGUGGCUGUGGGCAAAUUAAACUGCUCCUCAUAAUGCUCUUUCCAACGAUCCAGUCGUCUAUCCUGGGAGCUAAUUAUAGUGCCAUUUUUUUCCGAGAUUGUCUCACUGAUGAUUUGUCUUCUCCCACCCGUUUCCCUGAUGAGUCUAAAGAGUUGCCUGGUGUUGCCUAUCCUCGAAGCUUUAUCCAUCUCUUUGGCUUUU